GGACGAGUACCGGCGGUUGAGUCCCGCUCGACCAAUCGGAUGGAAGGUGAGAGGGGCAGGAACCAAUCAGGUUGUAGAUCAUAAAGCGUCGUCCCCGCAGGAGCAAAAAUCAAAAGAUGACACUUUUGUUGUGGAAAAAGUCGGACCGGAAACUGGAUAGUAGGAAACAGUGCGGAUCCUAGAAACCAUAAGUGGGCUACUCUGUCAACACACCGGUCCGUCCGUGUGUUUCAGAGCACUCGCCAGAAUUAACCGAGGGCAGCCAUUAAAAUCUAUAAAUAUGAAUCCUGUUGAUCAGGGGCUCGUCCGUGGCUCGGCUCGUCUCUCUCGCCGCCUCUGCCUCACGUUAAGCGGCUGGUAAAAUGACUGUCGCCUGGCUCUCUGGAGCAGGGCUUUCCCAAAGGCCUUGACAUGAAAUCUCUGACGCUCCGCUGGCUCUGUCUGGUUAGCCUGAGCCUUCCUCUGUUGUUUUGGUUCGGACAUGUGAUCAGACGGGACGGCCUGUCGCCUGCUGUGCGGAGCACCGGCCUCAGGGGUUAUAUGAGGAUCACCCCGGGCAAGGUGGACCAGUUCCUGGACAUGCACUGCAGCCAGUGUGCCUUGGUCUCCAGCUCGGGGCAGAUGAUCAGCGCUGGCGUCGGAGAGGAGAUAGACAAGAUCGGAUGCGUGAUCCGGAUGAACAAUGCACCCACGCGGGGAUAUGAGAAAGACGUAGGGAACCGCACCAGUGUUCGGGUAGUGUCUCACACCAGUGUUCCCCUAUUGGUGAAAAACGAGCUCUACUACUUCCAGCAAUCAGCAGACACCACGUAUGUGUUCUGGGGCCCCGAGAGGAACAUGAGGCAAGACGGGAAAGGACGUAUCUUCAAUACUCUCCUGAAAAUAGCAAAUAAGUAUCCAAAUGUGAGAAUCUACGCUGUGACCAGAGAGAAGAUUCAGUACUGUGAUAGUGUGUUUCAGAAUGAAACUGGAAAAAACAGAAUGAAGACGGGUGCGUUUCUCAGUACAGGAUUCUUCACAAUGAUUCUGGCUAUUGACAUGUGUGACAGCAUCCAUGUUUACGGAAUGAUUGAUGACAACUACUGCAGUCGAGCCAAUCACAGUGUUGUUCCUUACCAUUACUACGAGAGGAACCGAAUCGACGAGUGCAGGAUGUACAGGGUCCACGAGCACACACAGCGCGGGGGUCAUCGCUUCAUCACUGAGAAGGCCAUCUAUGCCAGAUGGGCAACGCGGCACAAGAUGGUGUUUAAACAUCCGACAUGGAGCCUCUAAAGGAGGAGACGGAGGAAGAUGUUCCUCGACUGUACAGUAGUAUUCACUUUUGCUGGCUUUUGGUCGUCUUUGCUGAAGAUUUUUAGUGUUACCUGAGCAGGAACUUUAUCAAGCACAUGGCAUUUUUACUGGUGGGCACUUCUUUUAUUCCACUUUUUUACCAACUCAACAGUUUUUCAAAAAAGAAGAAGAAAAAGAGCCCAUUUGAUACUAGUGAAUAGUGGAUACAGUUAUCUGCAACCAUAAACAUAAAAUAAUAGUUUGUUUCUAUGCUUAAGAUGAAAAAUUACCAGAAAGUGGUAACGCCCUCAGUAUUACUGAAUACUUCUGUAUUGUAUAGCCAUAUAUCAGUAUAGAUACUGAUAAAGAAUAUUAAGCUACUAAACUAGACACUUAAACCAGUUUAUACCAAAGCUUACAAUUUUUCAUUUCGUUGUAUCUGUGCCUUGACUUUGUUUUAUUCUGUUUUUAUUUUAUGCUGCUAUCUGGCCUGCAGCUACAAUAUGCACCUUUUACUCUUUGAUACACAAAGUGUGUUGUCUAGGGCUGCAACUGACAAUUAUUUGUGAUUAAUCUGGUGUUUAUUUUCUCAGUUAAUCAGUUAAUUCUUUGGUCUACAAAUUGUCAAAAAUCCCUGUUUCACAGAACUCAAGUUGACGUAUUUAAAUGACUGAAUACAUUUUUGCCGUUUUUGUGUAAAGAAUGACAAAUUAAUGUCCUGUGGAGCGACUAAUUGAUUAAUUGAAUCUUUUCAGCUCCAGUAUUGUUUUUCCUGCUCUCCUCCCUGUAAGUUGGUCAGUAUUUUGCCACAAAACAUGACGCUCUUCUUGUGACAUGUCUGCCUUGAAGCAGAGUCAUGUUCAUAGUAAACCAUAGACAGUCUAUUUUAAAAAUCAAAGUCUAGUUUGUGGCACAUUUCAUUUGAUGAUCCUUUUUUUUCUUUCCUCUGGUGUUUUUGUUGUUUUUGCCUGUCUAUGGUGUGGCUUUGGGCCUCAACUCUACAGCCAGCAGUUCGAGUUUACACCAGACAACAACAAAUGAACAAACUGGGUCAUGCAGCUUCAGGCUGAUACUUUAUUUCUUCAUAAACUACUUAGUGUUAUUUUUGUAAAGUUUGAUAUUGCAGCUUUAUGCUGAUUACUUGCCCUGACUGCAGCCAUUUACAGUGUUUUAAAGCUUGUAGUAGUAGUAGUAGUAGUAGUAGUAGUAGUAGUCAUUUAACCAGUGUUAAUGUGAACAGUGUUCAGUUAUUGCCAUUGGGAGUGCCAUUUAACCGAAAGAGUGAUUGUUCAGUUUGCAGUUGUGCUACAUGUGGCAUCCGUGGUUUAACAUGGGUGUUGGAGCACAGUGUGUCAUGUGUAUACUGCACCAACCACAGAGCAGAGAAUAUUAAAAUGUAACUGCAGAUGGGUCCACUGUCAACCGGCUGCAGUCCAGUAAUGCACAGCCCACGUGAAUGAUGAGAGCAUACAAACAAAGCCUGUAGAUCUUUGUGGUUGAUGUGUGUUAUCUGUGUUCGAGGGGAGGGGGUAUCGAGACCCACCAGGUUUCUUAAAAGGCUGAUGGGAUAUUUGCACUGGUGCAGUUCCACCACUGAGUGUCACCCUCUGACAGAAAUCUGCAGAAAGUUGUGGUUAAAGGCUAAGAAAAGGAUUCUUAUAACAGGCCCGAUAUACCGUGCACACAAAAUGUAUUACUUGUCUUCAGACAACUACUUUGUAAUGGUUUACCCUUUAUAUUUUGCUACCUGUUUACAAUUUAAAAAAAAAAAAAAAACAUAGCGCUGCCUUUUCAUUUGCAUAAUGCUUAUUUUGUGACUAAUUCCAAAGACCGUAAUAGUAUUUGCACUACUGAGUAAACUACUGUGUCAAAUCAUUUUGCUGUCAUGUACAUUUCAGACAUGAAUCAUUUGAAUUAAAAUGUAUUAUUGUCUGGUUGCCGCAACCUGCUGUCAAA